AUGCAUAUCUCAGCCAUGGUUGUCUCGGCCCUUGCUGCCGUCGCUCAGGCCGUCGACGUCCAGGUCGUCUCCGUCGCCUCGACCAACAACACUCUCAAGUUCUUCCCAGACAAGAUUAACGCCCCCGUCGGCUCGAUGGUUCAGUUCCAGUUCCGCGGCGGCAACCACUCUGUUGUCCAGUCCACCUUUGACAACCCUUGCGUUCCCAUUUCCAACGUCAACGUCUCCGCCAAGGGCGUCUACUCCGGCUACCAGCCCGUCCAAGCCUCCUCCUCCAAGGGCCAGAUUCCCGUUUUCACGAUCCAGGUCAACAGCACCGCCCCCAUGUGGUUGUAUUGCUCUCAAGGCAAGCAUUGCCAGAACGGCAUGGUGAUGGUCAUUAACGAGAACACCAGUGCCAACGCCACUCGCUCUCUCGCAAACUACGCCAAGGCCGCGAAGACUGUUCCCCAGGCCCAGAUUCCCGGCGGUGGUGCCGGCGGCGGCAACGGUGGCGGCUCUGCUUCCCCCACUGGUGGCGCUGGCGGCGGCUCCAACAACGGUGGUGGCUCCAACAACGGCGGCGGCGGUGCUGGUGGUGCUACCCCGUCCUCCCCUCCCACCGCCGGCGCCGUCUCUCUCAGCGCCCCCGGCACCCUCCUCCUCGCCCUCGGUGCCACCUUCAUGCUCAUGUAA